AUGACAAGCAGUGAGGGAAGCCGUGCUUCGCAAUGGAGAAUGGUUGAGGGUGAAUCAAACAAUGCAAUGGAAAGGAGGCUAAAGUUGCAAGCCGAUUUGGAAGGGAUGAAUCAAAGGAUUGAAGUUUCUGAUGCAAAGGGAUAUGUUUACUCUGAAUUGGAGUCUGAGAGCGAGAGAUUGAGGGAAGAGAGGAGGACCAAGAAGAGGAAUGACCCCAUUAGUAGUGAGAGCGAGCAAGGAGAGUUUGAGAUUGGGGUAAACAUUGGAAGAGAAGAGAGUGAUGAGUCUGAAAGUGAAGAAGAAGGAGAGGAGGUCAAUCAAGAGGUUGAUGAAAGUGGGCAUGAGAGUAACCAAGAUGAGCCCAUGGAGGAGGCUGAGCCACAAGAAGAGGAGGAUGAGCUCCCCAUGUACCAAGAGCACUACAAUGCUCUCUUCUCCAUGGACUUUGUGGAAACAAAGUACCCACAUGAUGAUACAAUGAAGUCUCUUGGAAUCUUCGAGGAUGUGGAACUAGUCCUUAAGAACAUGCACUUGGCCAAGUUCUUCUCUCAUUGCAUGGAGUCAUACAAGAAGCUCACUUGUGAGUUCCUAACAUCGAUGAGGUACCACGAGUAUGAUGAGCUCGAUCGAGCUGACUUGGACCAAGGUUGGGGAUGGAUCACGUUCUAG